UCUUCCCUUGCACCCGGUAUACACCAAACUGCUACCGGACUGCGCACAGACAACGCGCCGUACAGCUAGGACUUCGCAGCAGCGGCAAGUGGCCGUCAGACUCAGAACCAAUAAUCGGCUCUCCACACAACAUGGCUCUAGUAUUUGCGCUGCUGGCACUUGGCGCUUCGCUCGAAAGGGCUCAAUGCUCAGUCGAACCGCCCAAGAUUCAGCCGUUCAUCUUCCCUACGAGUAAGGCCAUGCCGAAGAAAGUCGUCGUACACUGCGUCGUAAUCGAAGGAAGCGAACCUUUCAAGUUCUCGUGGUUGAGAGACGGCGCGAAGCUCCCGAGCGCCGGUUCGAGUGUCCAAGUGAAGCAGGUGUCGGAAGCCGUGUCUUCGCUCACCAUCUCCAAAGCAGGCGCCGAGGACAUCGGCAACUACACCUGCGUCGCGACGAAUGCGGCAGGCUCCGACAGUGCGACCUCCCAGCUUCUCGUUACCGGUACAGUACCAAUGCCCAUACUAACGGGAAACUCGUAGCUAAACGAAAAUAGCGUUAUCCCGCGAUUGUGUACCACUAUGUUCGACUGAAAGUAGUUCAACUACUCUUCGCAGAGAGACUUUCCUCUCGUAAGGUCACUGGCCGGCGCUCGAGAUUGUAACUACGGGUUAGAACGAAUCUGCGUUACUUACGGCGUACCAUGCUCAUUCGUUGGCCUUUAUAGAAAUAUACAUGCACCGAACGGAUGCUGCGCCCGUGCGCAAAACGAGCGCCACUGACGUCGCGAAAUCGUGCUUCGACGGCCUACCCGCGUGUGCUUCACCCGAUAGCUCAUAAGUGGCGCCACUAGUCCCAUUGAGACAGCAUCUGAAGCGCGACAAGCAAUGAAAAAGCGCUCGUACGACUGCGGAUUCGGUCAGUGCUAGAACGUCCAGCAUCCGGUGACAUACGCCGGCCUCUCGAUACGUGAUGUCCAAGUUCAACGCUCUUCUCGCCAUCUUCGCUGCAUCUUUCGUCCAUGCCAGCACAGAUAUUCCAAAGCUGGUGCCGUUCAGUUUUCCCAAGGAGCAGCAGAUCGGAGCUGCUGUGGCCGUCACCUGCAUCGCCAGUCGCGGUACCCAGCCCCUGCUGCUCACGUGGCUCAAGAACGGUCUCCCCAUUAACCCCCGUGGAAACGCUGCUCCCAAGAUGCUGUCGGCGUCCAUAUCGGCGCUGACGAUAGACAGAGUGGACGCUGACGACGUCGCCAACUACACGUGCCGGGCUACGAACGCCGCCGGAAGCGAUAGUCACACUGCCGAACUGGUUGUCGCUGGUCAGUGUUCUCUCCCGCUGUGCUAACCAUUAUUUAUACAUUCUGUCGACUACUCCCCUGUACCGUACUUCUCACGUUAUAGCGCCAACGAGAAAGCGGAGUGAUCCGUACGACCAGCUCGACGACGCCAG